GCCCCUUCGCUGCGGGCGUGAGGCCGGGCCGGAGGCGGCGGGGGGACGGGCCUCGCGUUCCGGCGGGUGCUGGGGGAGGCCCGGCGGCGGCCCUGGCUGGGCCUUCUGCCUCGCCCGGGAGGCCGGGUCGCCCGGGCUGUGAUGGAGGGAGGCAAAGGACGCGCGGCUGCGUGGGCGUUGCUUGGGGUCCGCAGGGUGUGAGAGCGCUGGGGCGAGCGCUGGGGCCGGGGCUGCCACCGGCCGGACUGCCCGCCCCCUCCGUUCGUGCCUGCCUGCCUCCCGUGAGGGCGCUUCAGCUGCAACAGAGCAGAAAAAAUGUACACGGGUCCACUGUUGGAGGAGGAAGCCCUGAACAAAGCAGCAGAAAAUGGAUUAUCUUCCCCAGAAUUUUUUGAGCUUUGUGUUUGGUUAGGUUCCCAAAUAAAGUCACUUUGUAAUAUGGAAGAAAGCAUCACUUCAACAGAUGGUGAUAAAGAUAUAGAGAGCUUCCAGCUUGAGAUUAGUGGCUUUCUGAGAGAAAUGGCUUGUCCAUAUAUGUCACUUACAUCUGGAGACAUCAAGGACAGAUUAAGAGAGAAAGAAGAUUGUCUUAAACUCCUUUUAUUUCUAAGUACAGAACUUCAGGCUUUAAAGAUACUGCACAGCAAGAAAAUUAAAGGUUCUCAUUUGGAAAAGCACAAUGAAAUUCAUCAGGAAGUGCAAGCUAUUUGCGAUGCACUGGGCCUGCCAAACUCCUCGACUUCUGAUAUUCCUCCCUUGUUAACCAAUGUGGAACAAAAGAUAAAGGAAAUUCUCUCAAAAGUUCAAAAUAACCACGUGGGGAAAUCACUGCUAACAAAACCUCUGAAUUCCGACCAAGUGGAAAGAUUGGAAAAAAUCAAUGAUGCGCUUCGCAGUGAGUAUGAAUGCCGCCGACGUAUGUUAAUGAAGAGGCUAGAUGUGACAGUACAGUCUUUUGGCUGGUCUGAUAGAGCAAAGGUAAAAACAGAUGACAUAGCACGAAUCUAUCAGCCCAAGCGCUACGCGUUAUCUCCAAAGUCAACUAUUACAUUAGCUCACCUUCUUGCUGCUCGAGAAGAUUUAUCAAAGAUCAUAAGAACAAGUAGUGGAUCAACACGGGAAAAUACAGUCUGUGCAAUCAACAAGGUUCUGAUGGGGAGAGUACCUGACCGUGGAGGCAGGCCAACAGAGAUUGAACCACCUCCUCCCGAAAUGCCUCCUUGGCAAAAAAGACAAGAAGGUGGUGGAAGGGGUGGCUGGGGAGGUGGUGGUGGUGGAAGGGGUGGCUGGGGGGGUGGAGGGGGUAGAGGAGGAGGAGGAGGAGGAGGUGGUGGUGGUGGGUUUGGAGGUGGGGGUUUCAGAGGUGGUGGAAGAGGUGGAGGUGGCUUCCAGGGGGGCAGGGGAGGUUAUGGGGGCAGGGGAGGUUAUGGUGAUAGGGGAGGUUAUGGUGAUCCAUAUGGUGGAAGAGGAGGGGGAGGAUACCGAAGAUACUAAAACACUGUAAAUAUUAAGAGAGUAAUUGGCAAAAUAUAGUGGUGGUGUUUACUGGUAUGAGAAAUUUAGAUAUGUUAACUCGGGUUUAGGUUAGAAUUAAGUAUGACCGUAUGAAUCAUUGCAUUAGACCAACUGAUGUUGUCAUUGAAUUCUUUUAGUUAACUGAACAGAACUUUUAUACUAAAAUGUGAUGACUAAAGUCCUUGUUUUUCGUACUGCUCAUAGGGUGGUUUUUAUGUCAUUUUAUUUAAAAUAAGCCUCAGAAAAAUGAAUAAAACCCUUUCUAAACAAACAAAAAAUACAUUAUGUAACGUUCAAGCCUCUCCAAUUAUUGCAUGUUGCAUGUCCACUCCUCUGCUCCAAAAUGCUGUGUAGAAAACAAAAUAGGCCUAAGAACCAGAUGGAAACACUUGCAGGAGACUCUAAAGUGCUGCUUUCAGGCUUUUUCUCUUCCACCUAGUUUUCAUAUGGGACGUGUAAACAAAUUUUCAUGUCAAAUGUUAAAAUCCUUAAGGCUUUCAUCAAAAUUAUUCAAUUGGAUUUCUUAUUCUUCCAGAAUUUCAUAUAAAAGUAGCAUUCUGAACUAAUACUCUACAGAAACUAAUAAAAUUAAGGUUGUUUUGUGUGUUCGUAAAUGUAUCGUAGACUACGUGAAAGUCAGAGCAUAUACCGUAAACUCACAAUCAUGGUGAGUUUUGAUAGCGUCUAUUUUCAUUUUACCUGUUCUCCAUUUUAUUUGUGUUUCAUAGAAAUAUUUUAAGUAAGAUCAGAUUGGGCAGGAAACUUAUGCAGCCAUCGUGUCUCAUAAGAGUUCAUUUAUAUAUUUCUUCUGAGUCAGGCUUGAGACAUAAAGGUUGAAUAAGCUGAGCUUCUUGAGAAAGAACAUACCAGUUCUUUCCCCCUGCGUGCCACCCUCCCUCCCUUUUUUUUUUUUUUUUGUCCCUGCCUGCUCUGUGUUCAAGAAUGGCCAGCUGCCCAGAUAGUAAGGUGUCUCACACAGCAGUUGUCCUUCCUCCGUGACUUUUCUCUCUCUUACUCUGCUAACCCAUUGGUCUGGUAACCUGAAAGCAACCAUCUUGUUACGGUGUGGGUGCCUUCUCCUUCAUAAACAGUAUUACUCUAGAUGAAGGAGUUAGCUUUCGUACAAUUAUGGCUGUAAAUACAUGCAGACAAGAAUUUAAUUUUAGAGCUGUCAAUUAAAGACGGCAGUUUCUGUUGUCCAGCAUCUAUUAGAUCUCCCCUGUUGUGAGGCCGCUCGUGAGUACAGAGGUGGAACAGAAAGAUGAUGCCCCAGUAUAUACUCAUGACAGUAUUUAUCAGGGUCAGGUUACUGCAGAGAGACUUGGCGGUGUCUGUUGAUUGCAUAGCACAGAAGCCAUGAAGCAUUUUAAUUGAGCAUGUAACUGCAGGCUUAACUGCGUGUUGAACUUUAGGAUUUGAUUUUGGGUUUCUGUUCCACAGUUAACGAGUUCUUUCUGCACAGAUUUUCUAUUGGUGUCCAUGUUUGGUAUGCUUUAAAGGUGUUACUUUACCUUCAGGAACACAUGCAUCAUGUGUUUCAUAGGCAGCUUUAUGCAUGAAUGUAAAGCUGUUCGAAAUCAGUUAUUAUCUCUUCCAAAAGCCUAUGGCAGAUUUUAAUAAGCCAUCACCAGCCUUCCUUCUCAUUUGAAAUUUUAAUCCAGAUAAACUUCAGAAGUUUCUCUUCUGUUGUUUCCUCUCUGAUCAUAGGGUGCUUGAGAAUGCUGCUUGUGAUGCAGUAGAUACAGCAUUAUGCAAACUUUAAGGUCCCAGCAGCUGCCUAACAAAAAGGGGCAGAAGUUUUCCUUGCUUGAACGUGUUAGCUUGGAUGUGAACUCUUGAAAUAACGGCUUAACUUCACCCAGCUGCUAGCAGUACAGUUCCUUUGCCAAUUUUUUUUCUACAUUCCAUGCUGGCCUAAGCUGUUGCCAGCUUCUGCAUUCAGUAUGGAGAGACCCUCAUGGAUCCUGUGGGAGCACAGUACUGGGUUUCUUGCUGUUGAGCUUGGGUUUUGCCUAAUGCUCUGGAAUAGCUUGCAAAUUGAUGACGUAGCAAGUGAGACUGCUGGCCUUGGAGGUGAAGUGUUGGUCAGCAAAGCAAUGGAGAGAGCAGUUUUUGACAACCAAAGCCUUGAUAUAAAAUUCUGCUUGCUCAUCCCAGUGUUGUGUUUUGGUAGAAGCAAUUUACAAACAGCAGGCAGGGAUUUAGCUUUACCAAGGAAAUAUGCUAGGAAAAUCAAAUGGUUUAUCUAUACUUAAAGAUUUCAUCAGUCUUAAGGUGUGCAGUUGUACUGGUUUAGUUGAACUGUUGUAACUGUGGACGUGCCUUGGUGCGUUUACACUCGUCAGUUUAUCCUGUGUGUAGCAGGCAGGAUGGUUCUGAAUGAAGUAAACCCUGACGUGAACUAGCUGUGUUGCCCACAUGUAAUUCUGACAGUUACAUUAUUUCAGUACCAUACUUAAAUUAUAUUUAUCUAGACCAUGUAAAAGAUGAGACAUUCAAAUAGGUUGGAGGUUUGUUUUUUUUAAUCUGGCCAUUUCACUUUUUCUUGAAUAAUUCCAAAAUGUGAAGCCAGUAGUGGAAAACUAAAGUAAGCACCACCACGUUUCAGAGGUAUCCUUUUCUGUCCUGUUGUCAUAAUGUAUGCUUUUAAUUUAUCAAAAGAUGCAAUAAUACCAUAGAAAUAAUUGAUUUAAACCUUUUCUCAAAUUUUGUAUGUUCGUCUUGAAAAAGUAUUUUCAAAAAUUCUGUUGCAAGUAAAAUAUUUUCAUAUACAUGUUUGUGAGAUUUUUAUGUUUAUUCACACAUAGUGAACAUCUACCUGAAUAUUGUUUUGUUUGAUUAAGAAUUGGAAAGAUAGGUUGGGUUUUUCUUUUUUCAGGAUUUGAGAGUCACUUUUGUUAACAGCUGUAAACACUGAGGAAUAAAGUACUGUAUUUGAAGUUA